UGUUGCAAUGACGCCGAAGAAGUUCUUUCUGUGAAAAGACACACAGAAACCAAAAAGGGGAAGAGGAAGAGCAAGAGGAAGUGCUGGGACGGCGAGGUGAUGGAUACCACAGAGGAGAACUGCAGUCUAAUCGCUGCUGUGCCGAAUGGUGCUUAUCCGGUGCUCUGCACUGAGGAAGUCCUUCUCCCCUUCUUCUCAGAUGAGAGUCUGCCGGCUGCCAUGGCCUCACACCUGCCUCCAGCUCUCCCAGAACUUAGACUGGUCCUGCUGGGCAGGAAAGGAGCCGGGAAGAGCGCGGCGGGCAACACCGUACUGGGAGGAGUGGGAGGCUUUGAGAGCGGGAGGCCCACAGAGGAGUGUGUGAAAAGGCGAGCAGAUGUGGCGGGGAGGAGAGUCACGGUGGUGGACACCCCGGGGUGGGAGUGGUACUACCCUCUCAACAGUACCCCCAACUGGGUGAGGAGGGAAACCCUGCGGAGCGUGUCGCUGUGUCCUCCUGGACCCCACGCUGUGCUCCUGGUGGUGCGCUCCUGUGCCUCAGUGACUGACGCCUACAUCCAGGAGAUGGAGGAGCACCUGGAGCCUCUGGGAAGUGAAGUUUGGGAGCACACCAUGCUGCUGUUCACCAGGGGAGACGAGCUGGGCCUGACCACCAUGGAGCAACGGAUCCUGACCAGCGGCCCGGCGCUCCAGAAGCUCGUCCAGAAGUGUGGGAACAGAUAUCAUGUCGUGAACAAUCUGAGGAGAGCUGAUGGGACGCAGCAGGUUCAAGAGCUGAUAAGGAAGCUGGAGCAGAUGGUGGAGGAGAAGACAGACGGCAACAGUCAUCUGGAGAUGGACAGUUCGGUUCUGUUGGGUUUGGAAGCAGACGGCAAGAGGAGAGCCAGAGAGAGGAGGAAGAAGCAGAGGCAGAUGGAGGCCCAGAUGCAGAGAGGAACCAUCAAAGCUGCUCUGAUGAGCGAUGGUCCUCAGGGCUCCGAGCUUGACGCUCAUCACUCGUUCUCCAAAGCUCCCCGACGUUUACACGAGGUCAGGCUGGUUCUGCUGGGGGAGCGUGAAACCGGAAAGAGCUCCGCUGGGAACACUAUCCUCGGCCGAGCAGGCUUCUUCCAAGCAGGGGGGGUAACAGAGGAGUGCGUCCGUCGACAAGCAGAGGUGGCCAAGCGGCUGGUGACGGUGGUGGACACACCGGGCUGGGAGGCCGGUGUGGCGGGGGCCACGCCGGAGAGGAUGAGGAGGGAAAUCAUCAAUGGCGUGGGGCUGUGUCCGCCGGGGCCCCACGCGCUCCUGCUGACCCUGAGAGUGGACACUCUGGUGAGUGCAGGACAUGUGAGGGAACAUCUGAAACUGCUGGGCGAGGGCGUGUGGAGACACACAAUCCUGCUGUUCACCCACGGCGAUCAGCUCCGAGAGGGGCUGGAUUUUGAGCAGCACAUCCAGGGUGGGGGCAGGGACCUGCAGUGGCUGAUGGAGAAAUGCAGGGGCAGGUACCAUGUCGUGAGCAGUGCAGACGGAGGAGGAAGAGGAAGUGGAGUCUCCACUACGGUGACAGAGCUCCUGGAGAAAGUGGAAAAGAUGGCGACAAUGAACAGGUGCGAGGCUUUCUCAAGUCUGGUUCAGGACGUCAGAGACCUGAGUCGACAGAGGAACGAAAAGGUCAACCAGCGCCUGAAGGAGAUGGGAGAUAAGAUGCUUCGUCAGGAGCUGGAGCUGAAGAAUGUGAAAGAGAGGGAGAUGAAGAGCAUCCGGUGGUUCUUCGAUUGGAAGAGGAAGGGGAAAUCACCCGGGAAGGCCAACGUUCAAAGGGAAGAAGAGGAGGAGGAGGAGGAGGAGGAGGAGGACAGGAGGAUGGGUGAAAGGAAGCAGGACUUCGGAGAGCUGGAGGAGAGGAUGCGUUGGCUGACGGAGGAUAAAGAGAGAGAAGUACAGGAUCUGAGCAUCGAAAACGAGAGAAUCCGCGUCGCGCUGAUCCAAAGUGGACGAGAGAGAGACGAGGCGACGCUUAACCUGGAGCUGAAAGAGAUAGAGGUCGAGGAGCUGACAGAAAGAAUCGACGAGCAGCAAGCCAAGUUACUUGACCUUGAACGUGCCGGCGUGGACAAAGAACAAGAGAGAAAGAGGAGGGAGGACGCCAUUAGAGCGAAGGAGCAGGAGUGGAGAAAGAAACUGGAGGAAACUGUGGAGCAGCACAAGAGAGAAGAAUCAGAGUGGAUGGAACAAGUCGAAUCUUUCAAAGCAGAAAUGGACGAGACAAAACGACACUGUGACAAUGUUCUCGAGAGGAAAGAGAAGGAGGUGACAGAGCUGGAAGAGAAACUAGAAGAGAUGGAAGUUAAACUGUUUGAAAGAGAUGAAGAGGAGGAGGAACUGAGGAAGAGAGCUGCAGAUGAAAAACGGUUCAGUGUGAAAGAAAAGGCAGAUGAGAUGGAAAAGGUCAGACAACAGCAUGAAAAUGAAAUAAGAGACAUGAAAGAACAAACCCGCAGAGAAAUUGAAAAUCUGAAAAAGCAGUUUUCAAAAGAAAAUGAGGAAUUUGUGAAAGCCAAAAAGCAGGAGAUAGAAGAGCUGGAACAGAAUUAUCACAAACAAAUAAGAGAAACACUGCAAGAAAAUGAAAAAGAGAAAGAAACGAUUAAUUUAAAUCACAUUAAAGACGUGACGCAAAAGAUUCAGGAGAAAGACAAAGAAAUGGAAGUUUUAAAACGGCAGCAUCAGGAAGAAAUUAACAACAUGGAAAAACUAAUGGAGGCCACGAGGGAAGAACAACAGAGGGAGAUAGAUAGAAAAGUGAAGGAAAAAGAGGAGGAUGUAGAAAGAGUGCAACAGCAAAUAAGAGACAUGGAGGAAGAAAGAAAAAGAGAAAAUGAAGUGCAGAGAGAAAAGUUUGCAAAUGAAAGUGAGAAACAAAUGCAAGAGAGAGAAAGACAGAUCAGAGAGUUACAACUAAAGUUUACUGCCCAAAUAGAAGAGAAGGAAAUAAUGAAUCGAGAAAAUGAAAAGUGUCUUUUGGAAAAACACUUGAACCAAGUCGAAGAAAAAGUGCGAGAGAGUGAAGAGGAAAAGGAGAGAUUUGAGAAAGAGAUGGAGAAACGGGUGGAAGAAAAAGAAAAGGAGAUUGAAGAGAGGAAACUGAAAGUAGGAGAACUUAAGACUAAGCUGCAACAAGAGAAAGAGAAAGAAAUGGAUUAUUUAAAUUACAAGAAAGAGAUAGAACAAAGAAUGAGAGAAAAAGAAAAAGAAAUUGAGGCGAUGAAGCUGAACGUUGAUGAAAUGAAGGAGAAACUGCAACAAGGGGAAGAGAAAGAAACGAGUUACAAGAAAGAACUGGAGGAAAGACUGGAAGAAAAAGACACAGAAAUAGAAGGGAUGAGAGAACAUAGGGAGGUGGAGGAGGUGAUGGAGAAGCUGCAGGAGAAGGAGGAGGCGCUCGAGAAGAAGACAGAGGAGCUAACAGAAACACAGAGUCUUCUUGCACAGAGACAGAGGGAGGUGGAGGAGGUGAUGGAGAAGCUGCAGGAGAAGGAGGAGGCGCUCGAGAAGAAGACAGAGGAACUAACAGAAACACAGAGUCUUCUUGCACAGAGACACAGGGAGGUGGAGGAGGUGAUGGAGAAGCUGCAGGAGAAAGAGGAGGCGCUCGAGAAGAAGACAGAGGAGCUAACAGAAACACAGAGUCUUCUUGCACAGAGACAGAGGGAGGUGGAGGAGGUGAUGGAGAGGCUGCAGGAGAAAGAGGAGGCGCUCGAGAAGAAGACAGAGGAGCUAACAGAAACACAGAGUCUUCUUGCACAGAGACAGAGGGAGGUGGAGGAGGUGAUGGAGAAGCUGCAGGAGAAAGAGGAGGCGCUCGAGAAGAAGACAGAGGAGCUAACAGAAACACAGAGUCUUCUUGCACAGAGACAGAGGGAGGUGGAGGAGGUGAUGGAGAAGCUGCAGGAGAAAGAGGAGGCGCUCGAGCGUUUGAGGCGAAAGGAUGAAGGCAACGAGAAGGAGCUCGUCCAGCUGAAGCUCACGAUCGAGCAAACGAAGUCAGAGCUGAAGAAUCUCACAGGCAAGAUGGAGGAGGAGAUGAUGAGCAUGAUUCAGGAAUAUGAAAAGGAGAUCGCAAGAAAAGACGAGCGUGUAGAAUCGAUAUCCAAGGACAAGGACGCGGCUGUGGCUCGUCUGGAGGAGCAAAGCGAGAAGAUGAGAAAGGAGGCGGACAAUUUCAAAUUUAAGUACGAGGAGCUGAGGAGGGAGAAGGAAGAAGAGGUGAGGAAACAUCAGAGGGGAUACGAGGACAUCCAAAACAUUCUUAAAGAGAGAGAUCUGGAGGUCAGGGCGUUAACAGAUGCAAGUGAGAAGCUGCAGACAGAGAUGGAGGUGAAAGAGCAUUUUGAGAAACAGAUGAUAGAGAGAGAAAGUGAGUGGAGAAUGAAGGAAGAGGAGAUGCAAAAGAAAUUAUUGAAAAGGGAAAGGGAGGUCGAGGAAAGGGAAGAGGACACGAGGAGAAAUGAGGAAGAGUUGAGCAAGAGCCAACUUAAAUUGGCUGCGAAAGAGGAAGAGCUUCGAAAACUGGAAGUGAAUCUUGAGACGCACCGAAAAGAGCAGGAUCAAUACGAGCAGGGAGUGAAACUGAGAACUCAGACCAUCGAGAGAAAGGAGCGGGAGAUAGAAAGUUUGCUCCGAGCUCUGGAAGUCAAACAGCAAGAGCUGAGCAGCCACGGCCAAGAUCUCCAGAAGAACGUACAGCGUCUUAGAGACCAGGGGAAGGAGCUGAAGGACAGAGAGCUCCACCUAAACAAGGAGGAGCGGGAGCUGAUCAGCUGGAAGUCCGAGCUGCAGACGCAGAAUGAGCACGUGGACUCUGCUGCUCAGCAGCUGUCCGAGAUGGGCAGAGGUUUGGCUCUGCUGAAAGACGAGCUGCACAGAAAAGAGACGAAUCUAAAGACGGCGCUUAAAAAGUGGAGCAAGUGGGAAGUGGAGCUUGAGGCGCGAGAGGCGGAGUUGCAUGAGAGGAACUUCGAGGGCGGUCGAGAUCCGGAGGCUGCAGUGGAGAGCUCGGAAAACAACGUCUUUGUGGUGUGCCGAGAGGUCGGCGAGCGAAGGGCAAAGGUCAGAGCGGCCGUUCAAGGUGAGAGCACAAAAGAAAGGGAGGAUCAGACCACGAAAUCAGCACAGUCAGCUGCAGAGAGCGAUAACUGUCACCAUGAAACACUAGAAGAGACAAAGACGAGUGAGGAAAAGGAAGGGAUGAGAGGAAGAGCAGGAGAGAUGGGAGAGGAAAGAGGCCUGGAAAGGAAACAGGUCAUCCAGGGUCAGAGGUCAUUGAGUCACAUCAGCACAGCCUCUCCUGGGUUGCAUCUGAGGGUGCUGGUGCUGGGGGAGUCCUGGUCGUCUCGCUGCCCAGCCGGAGUCACCAUCCUGGGUGGAGAAGAGCCCAAAGCAGACAGCUCCACCUUCAGGUCCUGGAGUGGUCAGACAGCCGGGAGACGCCUGGCGGUGGCCGAGCCGCUGGGGUUGAGGUGGCGGGACGGACCGGACCCAACAAACCUAAAGAAGAGCCUCCUGGACGGCGUCUCCUGGUGUCACCCGGGACCUCAGGUGGUCCUCCUGCUCAUGCCCGUCUUCCUGGCCUGCACAAGGAAGUACAGGAGAGCUGUGGAGGAGGACAUGGGUUCACUCGGGGAAGGGAUCUGGCAGCGCACCCUGGUGGUGUUCACGUGGGGGGAAACUUUAGGGGUGAGCGCAGAGCAGCACAUCCUGAGGAGCGGGGAGCUGACGGGGCUCGUGGAGAAAUGUGGCGGCAGGUUUCACGUGCUGACCAGCAAGAGAACAAACCCUGAGACUGAGGGGCUGUUUGAGAAGAUGGAGGGCAUAGUGGCUUCCAACAGCAGGGGGCAGUGUUUGGUGUAGAACUGCAACACAACCUAAUUAAUUUAUCAUGUUAACACAUUCAAGUUGCUAUGUCUUCUAAUAAAUAAAAAAGAUCAAAAUAC